AUGAACUAUCCAAAUCACUCUCGGACGGCGAAGAUUUUAUUUCUUGCUUUGAGUGCAAUAACAUGCUUUCUUUUAUACGACUUUUAUUUGACUUAUCGCUCCUCCAUAUACCUGCAGGAUCUUUCAGUGCCGCAACCGAAGGCAAGAACCCCGAAAUCACCGACAAAGUUAAACGGAAAUGGCAACAACAGACUGGCCCACCACACGGGCCCCAGAGAUGUCGCCCUUGUCGUCGCAAAAACAAUUGAGGAAUCAGUUGACUGGGUCUUUUCGUGUACCCCAUACAUCUAUUCGCUGGAUGAUAAGCCGGAAGAAGGCUUCCUCAUUCCAUACACAAAUAGGGGCCACGAAGCAGGUGCUUAUCUUUCCUACCUCACGCAAUACUAUGACAGUCUCCAUGAGUACACCAUAUUUAUUCACGGCCGCGAAGAACAUUGGCAUAAUGAUGUUGCCGGGCCCAAGACCUUGAAUCAGCUCCCUAAUUUACGCAUGCAAGCGGUCCAACACUUCGGCUAUGUGAAUCUACGCUGUUUACAUCGACCCGGGUGCCCGAGCAGUCUCCGCCAGGACAUUAUUGAGCAAUCCGACGUUGAGAAUCAGAAUCUGGUCGAUAAUUUUGAUCUAAUUUGGACCGAAAUUAUGGGGACUAGGUCUGGCCCUCCUCCCGCCAAUAUCGGGCAUAUGUGCUGUGGGCAGUUUGCUGUUGCAAAAGAAAUAAUUUUAAACAGGCCCAUUAAUGAUUAUGAGCGAUUUAUAAAUUGGGUUGCUAAAACUCAAUGGUCGGAGAAUUAUGGGAUAGGCUGGAUGAUGGAGAAGCUAUGGCAUAUCAUUUUUCAGAUGCCUGCUAAUCAGUAUGUUUUUGUUUUCUCCAAUGUCGACGAGAGCUUGAACUGA